AAAGCGUUAAAGUACGUGACAAAAGGCGAUACCAGGCGGUUACGGAAGCUGUUGCGCCGCGACGCAUCCAGCUUGGACCUCGGCGCGGUAGACAGCCAGCGUCGUACGCUGCUUCACCAGGCAUGCGCCUGCGGUCACGCGAAGAUCGUGUCGCUGCUGCUCCGCCACGGAGGAGGAGGAGGGGCCGCCGCAGCAGGGGGGGCAGCAGCGGCAGCGGGCAGCCGGGAUGCUGCCGGCGACACACCCGCGCAUCUGGCGGCGCGGGGGGGCCACCUAGCGGCCCUGGCUGAACUCAUGAGGG